GGUUCAAAAGAACGACUCGUUUGCGAAUCGGACGUGACUGCUCGUAACAUCGAUGGCGCGCGAUGUCUGUUUGAGAAAUAUCAGACCGAGUUCGUCGAGCCCAAAACGUAGACCUGCAGACAGAGACUUUGAAUCCAAACCCGUUCAUUAGAUCUCACACACAACCGAAUGCAAACAACGUCUGUCCUGGAGUCGUAAUGAAAUGAAGAGGACACGGGUUUUAUACGCCACAGAAGAGUGUGCUAUCUACAAGACUAAACCCCGUCGACACAUCAGAUAUUCUCCAAGAAAUCUCGAGGCUGGGUUGUUUCAUUGACGUUCAUACAGAGACAUGAGGAAGUGCAGCCCAUGGAUGUUUCUGCCUGUAAUGUUUUCUUUCUUUACAGCUGCUGGUCUCUGGGUUGUGUAUUUCAUUGCUGUGGAGGAUGAGAAAAUCACCCCACUCAGUUCAGAGUACAAGAGGUCAGAAUCAAAAUCUCCUCCAUAUAUCAGUAUUGCAGGCAAUGCUCCACCUGCCAGCUGCGUGUUCAGUCAAGUCAUGAACAUGGCAGCCUUUGUAGGCUUUAUUCUGGGAGUGCUGCGAUAUCUGCAGCUGAAGCCGAGGGUGAAUAAACCCUGGCUCAACAUCGGCAGUCUGGUGGCUUUGUCUCUGUCCUGCUUUGGUAUGACUUUAGUUGGGAAUUUCCAGCUGUCCAAUGACGAGGAGCUGCAUAAUAUUGGCACGUCCAUGACCUUUGGCCUAGGAACACUAUUCUGCUGGGUCCAGUCUUUCAUGACCCUAAAGGUCAACCUGAGGAAUGAAGGCAGGCGAGCUGGAAUCCCUCGCUUCCUGUUAUCCGGGGCGGUGACUUCCUGCAUGUUGCUUUAUUUUGCUCUGAUGGCUCAGCGGCUGCACAUGCAUGCGGCCCGCGCUCAGUGGGCUCUGGUCAUGUUCUUCCUGACGUACCUGGGCACAUUUGCCAUUGAGUUUCGCCACUACCAUUUCGAGAUCGUCUGCAGCGACGACCACGACCCUCCACUCAGCCUCUCCGAAAGCUUCUCCGAGGUCUCCGAGUACCAGUCUGAUCAGCUCUAGUCUCACUCUUCAGCAUCUGUGGACUCUCAUACUCCUUCCAGUGCUCCUCACGUCUCAGUCCUGCAUGUCAGCUGAAUGUAAUCUCUAUAGAAAGACCUUCGGAUGAGUAUGUCUUCUGAAUGUUAGAUAGGCUUUCGCAAAAGCAACAAAAUCUUGAAAUGCACAAUGAUUUACUGUGAUGUGCUCCAUGUUUAUGUGUCAGAUGAGUGACGUAACAAGGACACUUUCAGGAUCUGAAUACAGGAACAGUUUUUGGCAAGAUAAUCCUUCAGAAACAUUAGGACUGUGCUUUCUUGAUGCAGAGGACACUACAAACCUCACCAUUUGAAUUAAAGGGAUAGUUCACCCAAAAAUUAAAAUUAGCAUUUAAAUGAUCAUUUACUCACCCUCAAAGCCAUCUUAGGUGUAUAUGACUUUCUUCUUUCAGACUACAAUCAGAGUUAUAUAUAUAAAAAAAAUGUCCUGGCUCUUCUUUAUAAUGGCAGUGAAUGUUUUUUUUUUUGUCAAUAGUCUAAAAGAAGUGCAAUAAAGUGCAUCCAUCUAUAAUAAAAAGCGCCUCACACGGCUAUGGAGGGGGGGGGGGGGGGGCGUGAAUAAAGGCCUCCUGAAAAAAAAAAGUGUUUUUGUAAGAUAAAUAUCCAUAUUUACCAUUUUAUAAACCGUAAUCUUUAGCUUCCACUAACUGUCACACGGGCGCUAUAUAGGAAAUAUGUGUGGCAUCAUCCAUCCUAGGGUCCGGUGAAAAUAUACUAGUGUCGAGAGAACUGCAGAUAUGUUUACAGGAGCAAAGAAAGCAAAGUUUCUUUAUCAACGGAAAACCAGUCUCCUCUCGGCUUAUAUUGAAAUCCUCCAAAACUUUUCUUUACAAGUCUUUCUUUUUGGUUUUUUAUCUCCGUUGCACCUCAGUGUCCAUCACUUCUCAUUGUACGACAGUUAGCGGAAAACAGAGUUUAUAAAGUUUUAAAUAUAGAUAUUUGUCUUACAAAUAAGCAUGAACUCACUACAGGAGGCCUUUAUUCAACCACCAGAGCCAUGUGAGGCACUUUUUAUGAUGGAUGAUGCAAUUUAUUGGACUUAUUUUGGACUAUUUAAUCUCAACACCCAUUCACUUCCAUUAUAAAGCUUGUAAGAUGCAAGAGAUUUUUUUAAUAUAACUCUUGAGUGUAUUCGUCUGAAGGAAGAAAGUCAUAUACACUUAAGAUGGCUUUGAGAGUGAGAAACUUAUGGGAUAAUUUAAUUUUUUGGGUGAACUAUCCCUUUAAAUUAAAACUCUCUUACUAUUUAGAAACAGUUUUGGUCACUUCAAAUCCAUAUGCUGUCAUUUUUCUGUGGAAGAUCUAAGAGUUUCUGAAGAAUCUUCACACGGCAUACAGGUUUGAAAAAACUGCCUUUAAAAGGACAGUUCACCUAAAAAUUUAAAAUUAUAUCAUCAUUUACUCACCCUCAGGUUUUUCCAAACCUGUUGUUUCUUCCUUUUUUUUAAACAUAAAAAAGAUAUUAUGAAGAUUUUUGAAGAAGAUAUUUUGAAGAAUGUUGGGAACCAGUUGCUGGUAGCCAUUAAUUUCCAUUGUAUGGAGAAAAAUAAAAUCCUAUGGAAGUCAAUGGCUAUUGUCAAUGGUUUAUUUACCAAUAUUCUUCAGAGUAUCUUCUUUUGUGUUCAACAGAAGUAUGAAACUCAUACAGGUUUGGAACAACGUGAGAUUAAGUAAUGAUGACAGUUUUCUUUUUCUUUUUUUUUUUUUUUGGGUGAACUGUCACUUUAAAUGCCAAAACAAAUUCCAGCUAAAAAAUGAAUCUUAGAUGUUUUCUGUUCAUAUAACUGCGUUUCAUUCUGAGCCUGUCCUGCAAAACCUUAAAAGAAGCUUAUGCAGCAUUACUUGAUAUUAUAUAUUGUAAAACAUCUCCAACAUUGGUCAUAAUUCUGUAUUUUGUUACUAAAACAGACAUCUGUUUUCGGGUGCUGGUGUGUCUCAGUGUUAAAAAAUGUGAUUUGUUUGAUGUGUCUGUUUGGAAUAAAAUUUUACAACAACA